AUUAACUGCUUCAACCGAUUAAUCUUGAAGAUAGCCCCAAUGAUUUUAUUGAAUAUUCCCAAUGUAUUAUUGUGGAGAGUUGAUUGAUAUGAUCACAUCGUCUGUUCCUGUUAUUCCUUCUUCCUUUUCGUCUGUUCUGUUCUUUCGCUCCCUCUGCCUCCUGUUGCAAUCUUUGGAUCGAAUGCUGCUGCUGGAACCCUUGCCCUAGCGAUUCUUCGAGCGCUUCGCGGGAUCGCUCUUGCAAAGUCUUCCUUUUUUUUAUCGGCUCUUCAGUUCUCUCCCUCGGUUUGCUUUGGCUUCUCGAUCUCACCGCCCCUGCUGGAUUCCGUCGCGAAAGAUCGGGGAGAGCAAAUGCAAGAAGAGGAUCUGAUCGAGCUCAAGUUCCGGCUGUAUGAUGGAUCGGACAUCGGUCCUAUUCGAUACUCGUCUUCUUCCACUGUCGCGAUGCUCAAAGAAAGGAUAAUCUCCGAGUGGCCUCGUGACAAGAAGAUUGCACCAAAAGUUGCUAAUGAUGUUAAACUAAUCAGUGCUGGCAAAGUAUUGGAGAAUGGAACAACAAUUGCCCAAUGCAGAUCACCUUUUGGUGAGCUCCCUGCAGGGGUUAUCACGAUGCAUGUCGUUGUGCAACCUACAUUGACUAAAACAAAAACAGAAAAGAAGGUCGACGAGUUGCCAAAGAAGAAAACUUGCUCUUGCUCCUGCUCUAUAUUGUAGGGCAAUAAGAUAGACGACAAUGGUUCUAUCCAUCAGCGAUAGUAUGAUCUACCAUGUUGUUCGAUGGUGAUAGCAUUUCCCAGCACAGUGAGUUUUGUUAGAGGAAGCUGUCAUCCUGUUUUGUGUUUUAGCCAAAAUUUGAGUUUGAGUUGGUUCAUGGCAUGGGAAGAGAGUGCCUUGUAGCAGUCUUAUCAUACUCUGCAAUUUUUCUUAGACAUGUUUUGUAUAAUUUGAUUGCAUUGAUUGCAAAUUCAUAAGAUAA